AUGGCCUCGCCGGCGCCGCCAAUCGCCGACCCCCAGGCGCUGGAGACGCUCCCGUGCCUCACCGAUGAGCUCCUCGAGGAGAUCUUCCUCCGCCUCCCCACGGCCGCCGACAUCGCACGCGCCUCCGCUUCUUGCACUUCCUUCUGCCGCAUCAUCACCGACCGCAGCUUCCUCCGCUGGUUCCGCGCCAUCCACCCGCCCCCUCUCCUCGGCUUCGCCGCCUACGAGGGCUUUCACCCCGCCCAGCCGCCCCACCCCUCCGCGACGCUUGCAAGCGCCUUCGCCGAUGCCGCUGACUUCUCCUACUCCUUCGUCCCCACUGGGAGGUGGCUCACGCCCUGGCAUCCACGCGACGUUCGACAAGGCCGCGUCCUCCUCGAGUGCACGCCCGAAUGCCAGCCCGCGCUUGAAUACUUUGACGCCGUCUUCCUGAGGGAUCUUGAGCUUGCGGUGUGUGAUCCCAUAUCCCGGCGAUACAGGCUGCUCCCUCGCAUACCCAAGCAGCUAAGAGCUCAGCACAAAUCCCUUGUUGAUUACGGGCUCUUCUUCGCUCCUACUGGGGAAGAUGAGGAGACAACAUUCAGAGUGGUAUGUAUGGCGUGUAACAAAACUAAUCUUGUUGCGUUUGAAUACACGUCCAUUACUGGACAAUGGAAUAUCCUUGCAUGUCUCAGCUGGAGGUGUCCUUUGGGCAUUGGCACGCCGUAUAACCGGUACAGCUCCUCUUGUGUUGAUUAUGAGAAGGGAUGUUUCUACUGGGUGGUGCCUUGGAGGAACAACUUUCUUGUGCUUGAUGGGCUCAGCAUGAAGUUAUCCAUUGUCAACAACAAUCUGGCUAAGUACGAUCUGUGUGAAAGCGGGAUGCCUCUCAUAGUAAGGGGUGGAGAUGGAACUGCGGAGGUGUUUUUUCCUGCCGAUUGCUUUGGAGAUGGUCCAACUGACCUAUUUCGCUUCACUAAGCAAACUGAUGGUGGAUCUUCAGAUGAAUGGAAGUUUGAGAAUAUGGUAUCAUUGCCAAGCCAGUACAAUUAUUUUACCUUGGGUGCAGCUGAUGGAUUCUUAUUCCUUCGUGGCAUUCUGCAAGAUCAGCACUCAGGGUACUCGUCUGAGGACUCUUUAGACAACUCAGCUCACUUGUCGUUGGAAUCGCCAGAUGUGGAAUAUUUUUCAUUUGACCUCAAGACUUCUGAACUUAAGAAGGUCUGUGUGAUGAAGCGGUAUUUCCACACUCUCUAUCCAUUCUAUGGCUACCCACCACCUUUGGCAGAACCAACUAUAUGA